UUAAGAAAGAAAAGCAUCUGGACUCCUUCUGGACUAAUGACCUUUGGUCCAAAAAGUUACAGGAGCUUCACAGAACAAGGGAAUUCUCCCAGCAUUGUCUAAGUCUCCAACUUGCUGUAGUUGCUUGCAGUCAAUGGAAAACCUCAAACCCCCAUGGAAUUUAAAAUAUUUACAAUUAAUGCCUGAUAAAUGGAAACCUGUUUGAUGAAAAGAGGAGUGGAGGCUCUCUUUCACACUAGAUCACGUCCGCUGACAAAGUGUUUAUCCUUGGAGGAUCAUCCUCUGUGGCAAACACUGUGAGUGUUUGUUCAAGAGAUAUUUCGCUUGUUGGAGUUGGGAAAGUGCAUCUGAAGUGAUGCUGCCUCUUUAAAUCUUCCCACUGCAUUUCCUGAGGCUAACAUGUGGGCAUAAAAAAGAGAUAAAGCGUGCAAUGACACACACACACAGACACACACAGACACACACACACACACACACACACACAAACGUAUAAACUUCUCCCAGUCCGUGAAUAAUGGAGAGAGAGAGACCAUCCUGGAUUCACCAGCAGUUGUUGUGGCGUGGGAGGAUGGUGAAGUUUCCAUGAGGACAUGAAGUCAUGGUCACAGUGCAACAGCAUGCUCCCCCUCAGUGGCCACCCCCCCGACCGCUCCGACCGUAAACGCACAGCAUCUGAGCACCAUCUCCUCGCCGGCUCACCACAGGACUCUGACGUAGAGCAGGGCAAGCAGAAGAUGAAGCUGGCGCCUUUCACACGGACUUUACUCUUCUCUCUCGCCUGCUCACUUUUGGGUCUCAGCGGGCCUGUAUCGGGAGCUGACCAGAUGAAGUAUCCUGGCAGAAGACCCCCAUCCCCCUCGGACUUCCUGGACAAGCUGAUGGGAAGAACCUCAGGCUAUGAUGCUCGCAUCAGACCAAACUUCAAAGGUCCUCCUGUUAAUGUCACCUGCAACAUUUUCAUAAACAGCUUUGGGUCCAUCACAGAGACUACAAUGGACUAUCGCUUGAACGUGUUUCUACGGCAGCAGUGGAAUGACCCUCGGCUGGCCUACAAAGAGUAUCCAGACGACUCCUUGGACCUGGACCCUUCUAUGCUGGACUCCAUCUGGAAGCCUGAUCUUUUCUUUGCGAAUGAGAAGGGGGCCAACUUCCAUGAGGUCACCACUGACAACAAGCUGCUGCGCAUCUUUCAGAAUGGAAAUGUUUUAUACAGCAUCAGGUUAACUCUAAUCCUGUCCUGUCCAAUGGAUCUAAAGAACUUUCCCAUGGAUAUCCAGACGUGUACCAUGCAGCUUGAGAGCUUUGGCUACACUAUGAAUGAUCUAAUAUUCCAGUGGCUGGAUGAGGGCCCAGUGCAAGUGACGGAUGAUCUGGUGCUGCCCCAGUUUGUGCUCAAGGAGGAGAAGGACUUAGGCUACUGCACCAAGUACUAUAACACAGGAAAAUUCACUUGCAUCGAGGUCAAGUUUCACCUGGAGCGCCAGAUGGGGUACUACCUGAUCCAGAUGUACAUCCCCAGCCUCCUCACGGUCAUCCUCUCCUGGGUCUCCUUCUGGAUCAACAUGGACGCCGCUCCUGCCAGAGUAGGCCUGGGCAUUACCACCGUGCUCACCAUGACAACACAAAGCUCUGGUUCCAGGGCUUCACUGCCCAAGGUGUCCUAUGUGAAGGCCAUUGACAUCUGGAUGGCAGUCUGCCUGCUCUUCGUGUUCGCCGCUCUACUGGAGUACGCCGCUGUCAACUUUGUCUCCCGGCAACACAAAGAGUUCUUCAGACUCAGGAGGAAGCUGAAGGAGGAGCAGCGUCUCAGAGAGGUAGCAAACUCGAAAGCGAAGAGCAACAAUGGCCUGCAGGGAAACAACCCUUCCAACAAGGGAUGCCAGAAGCACUGCAAUGCCUGUGCACGGUGCCCACAGGAAGAGCAGCUGGCUCAGGAGAAUCAGCCCUUCUACCUCAACGCGUUUGGCACGGAGCCGUGCAUGAUUGGUGGAGAUGGGCCCUUGUCGGAGACAGCGGCCAUGUAUGCAGCCCUGCCCCCUGGACACUCACUCUUUGAAAUACGCAGGCGUUUCAUUGAAAGGGCGAAACGCAUCGACACCAUCUCCCGAGCGGUCUUUCCACUCAGCUUCCUGCUUUUCAACGUGCUCUACUGGUUCACUUAUAAAGUGCUCCGUCAUGAGGAUGUGCAUGCAUCUGGAUGAAAAGCAUGAGGGUUAUACCUACGGACUUUUUUGAUAUUGCAGUCUAUUUAUGGGUUUCGAUUUGAGACUCUCUUUUUGCAAGACUCCUUUAAAUCAUGGAAACUGACACACUGAUGAUCAUUACUGGCAUUGAACCUGCUGAUUCAACCUCUGGCAACUUUGCAGCUCAACAGGACAAAAAUGUUGUGGACACUGUAAAAAUUCAUUAGUGCAGUGAGAAAAAAAGUAUUUAUUUUUCUCUAUGUGUAGCCAGACAUACUGUAUGUUUGGAAAACACCAAGGUGAAAUGUGGACUGAAUGAGAGUGAGAACAAUAGUUACCAGAAUAAUAGCGAGGAACUGUAGUGCCAUUCAUUUGACAUAUCUAAACCCAACCCAUAUAUGUCAAGAAGAUGCGGAGUCAAAAGACGAGUGGACUUUUCCUGUAAGACCCAUCUCUGGUGGGUCUUACAGGAAAAGCCUUUGUCUGCAGCACUGUUAGCAUUUAUUUUUGAUGCACUCUAUGUUAUAUAUAAGUUGUCUUCGGGAUGUAACUCUAACAUACUGGACUCACCUUAGUAAUUACAACAUACUGUAUAUCAUUAAUAAUGUAAUUUUCCCAUGAGCGAGUCAUAGCUUCAGUGCGGUGUAGCUGGGGUGGGUUUUUAUUAGCUUCCUGGGUAAGUGGGACCAGAUAUGCUUGUUCUUGACUGAAGAGCAGACCUGUGACCACUCUGGCUUUAUACAGAUACACCGAUCUCUUCUGGCAAAACUAUUGAGCUCACAGGCAAUUCUCAGGCAAAGACAAAUUCUCAGGCAAAAGAGCCACUUGUUUGUUGAACACUACUUUUAACAAGUUAUUAUUUUGUAUACCACAUUUAAAGCAAAUGCAUAAGGAUUCUGUCCCUCAAUGUGAUGUUAACAGUUCAAUGCUUCAGAAAUUUCACAAAGUAUUUUUAUUUUUAUGACUGCUGAUUCCUAAAAGUGUUUAAUUUGUAUCUUUUCUAUGAAAAUAUCUUUUCUUUUUUUUGUAUCUUCUCAAAAUAUAUCUGUUCACCCUGCACAUAUGCCUGACAUCAGAAGCACUGGCAAAUGCUAAGCACUGUCGAUGAAGCAGGAUAUGUUGGGAUUACAUUUUUUCCAUCAUUUGAAAAUGCUGCUUCAAAUAAAUAUAUAAAUUAUU